UGGGAUUGGCUGUCGUGAAAGCAGCCGGUCACUGGAGCAGGUCUGAUUAAGGCAGCGCUCCGGCUGUAUAAACAGAGGCGUUUGGGGGAGGCAGCCGCAUCGCAGCGUUUCCGGGGGGGGAGAGAGAGAGGGAGAGAGAGGGAGAGAGAGAGAGAGAGAGAGAGAGAGAGCCUGGAAGCGCCACCGCUGCUCCGGCAGACGCUUCGGAGCGCCUCGCGGGGAGGAGGCGGAUCGCGGCGGACCUGCUGCCGCCGCCGCUCGUUCCCCGGCUGCGAUGGAGGGCACCGGCGAAGGGGAGCACGUGCUACGGGGUCACGACGAUGAAGCCGUUGUGGACCUUGGGAAGACCAGCUCCACGAUCCACACAAACUUUGAGAAAGAAGAGCUAGAAAGUCACAGAGCAGUGUAUGUGGGCGUCCAUGUUCCCCUGGGCAGGGAGAGCAAGCACAGGCACCACCACCGCGGCCACAAGCAUCACCGCAAGAGAAAAGACAAGGACUUGGACCGCGAGGAGGAAAAAGAGUCCCAUACUUACGAUAACCCCUCCCAGCGGGUGCAGUUCAUCCUGGGCACAGAGGAUGACGACGAGGAGCACGUCCCCCACGAGCUGUUCACCGAGCUGGACGAGCUGUCCUUCCGGGAAGGGCGGGCCUACGAGUGGAAGGAGACCGCCAGAUGGCUGAAGUUCGAGGAGGACGUGGAGGACGGGGGUGAGCGCUGGAGCAAGCCCUACGUGGCCACGCUGUCCCUGCACAGCCUGUUCGAGCUGCGCAGCUGCAUCCACAACGGCACCGUGCUGCUGGACAUGAGGGCCAAAACCAUCGAGGACAUAGCAGACAUGAUCAUCGACAGCAUGGUGGCCUCGAACCAGCUGGCCGAGUCGCUGCGGGACCAGGUGCGGGAGGCGGUGCUGAAGAGGCACCACCACCAGAACGAGAAGAAGCUGAGCAACCGCAUCCCGCUGGUGCGAUCCUUCGCCGACAUGGGCAAGAAGCACUCGGACCCGCACCUGCUGGAGAGAAACGGGGAAGGCCUGUCCUCUUCCCGCCUCUCACUCCUCAGACCGGGCGCCUCCACCUCCAGCCUGUCCCAGAGGCGCGAGUCGCGGGUCUCCGUCCUCCUAAACCACCUCCUGCCUAGCGCCUCUCCCUCCGCCUCCCCCACCCCCACCCCUUCCCCCCUCGCCACCCCCCAAACCACUCCGCCCUGCCCCCGUCACGCCCCGGCCCCGCCCCAGCCCCAGAGGCCCGCCCCCCAGCUGCUGGUGUCCUGCACUCAGCGGGAGGGCAUCCCCGAGGUGGUGGUGUUCCCGCCCGAGGACGACGAGCCGCCGCCCCCGACCCCGCCCGAGGAGGAGGAGAAAAAUACUGACUCAACCGCAGGGUCACUGGGGUCCCCGCAGUCUGCCCCUGGCAACCUGGACACCGGCAAGUCCAGCGACAGCAGGAUGACCAGAGGAGGGGUCAGCCGAGAAAACAGCACGGUGGACUUCAGCAAGGUGGACAUGAACUUCAUGAGGAAGAUCCCUCCGGGGGCGGAGGCCUCCAACGUGCUGGUGGGGGAGGUGGACUUCCUGGAGCGGCCCAUCAUCGCCUUCGUCCGGCUGUCGCCCGCUGUCCUUCUUUCGGGCCUGACCGAGGUGCCUGUGCCCACUAGGUUUUUGUUUCUGAUGUUGGGCCCUCACGGCAAAGGGGCUCAGUACCAUGAGAUUGGGAGGUCUAUGGCUACUCUGAUGACAGACGAGAUUUUCCAUGAUGUUGCGUACAAGGCGAAAGACCGAACCGAUCUCUUGGCGGGUAUAGAUGAGUUUCUGGAUCAGGUGACCGUGUUGCCCCCCGGAGAGUGGGACCCCGCGAUAAGAAUCGAGCCCCCGAAGAGCGUCCCAUCUCAGAUGAAGAGGAAGAUGCCCUCUUUGUCCAACGGCUCGGCCACAACCCCGGAGACGGUGAAGGAGGACGAGCACCAGAUCGGGCCAGAGCUGCAAAGGACCGGACGGAUCUUCGGGGGUCUGGUCCAGGACGUGAAGCGCAAAGUGCCGUUCUACUGGAGCGACAUCCGAGACGCCCUGAGCCUGCAGUGCCUGGCCUCCAUCCUCUUCCUCUACUGCGCCUGCAUGUCCCCCGUCAUCACCUUCGGCGGACUGCUGGGGGAGGCCACCAAGGGCAACAUAAGUGCUAUCGAGUCGCUCUUUGGAGCGUCUCUCACGGGCGUGGCCUUCUCCUUGUUCGCUGGGCAGCCGCUGACCAUCCUUGGCAGCACCGGGCCCGUCCUGGUCUUUGAGAAGAUCCUUUUCAAGUUCUGCAAGGACUACGGGCUGUCCUACCUGUCCUUGCGCACCAGCAUCGGGCUGUGGACGGCCUUCCUGUGCAUCCUGCUGGUCGCCACGGACGCCAGCUCUCUGGUCUGCUACAUCACCCGCUUCACCGAGGAGGCCUUCGCCGCCCUCAUCUGCAUCAUCUUCAUCUACGAGGCCCUGGAGAAGCUCUUCCACCUGGGGGAGAUGUUCCCCAUCAACAUGCACAACAACCUGGACAACCUCACCUUCUACACGUGUCAGUGCUCUCCGCCGGCCAACCUCUCCGCCGUCACCCUGCCGAGCCAGAGUGGCCUCACGCUGGGGUCCUUCUCCUGGAGUGACCUCAAUGUGUCUAUGUGCCAGCAGCUCCACGGGGAGUUUGUAGGCCCGGCGUGCGGACACCACGGCCCCUACAUCCCGGACGUCCUCUUCUGGUCCAUCAUCCUCUUCUUCACCACCUUCUUCCUCUCCUCCUUCCUCAAGCAGUUCAGGACUGAGCGCUACUUCCCCACUAAGGUGCGCUCCACAAUCAGCGAUUUCGCAGUGUUUCUCACCAUAAUGAUCAUGGUCCUGGUGGACUACCUGGUGGGCAUCCCUUCUCCAAAGCUGCAUGUUCCUGACCGCUUCGAGCCCACGUCUAAGCACCGGGGCUGGCUCAUCGACCCGCUGGGGGAGAACCCCUGGUGGACGGUUCUGGCGGCCGCCAUCCCCGCGCUGCUCUGCACCAUCCUCAUCUUCAUGGACCAGCAGAUCACCGCCGUCAUCAUCAACCGCAAGGAGCACAAGCUGAAAAAAGGCUGCGGGUACCACCUGGACCUGCUGGUGGUGUCCGUGAUGCUGGGCAUGUGCUCGGUGAUGGGCCUGCCCUGGUUCGUGGCCGCCACCGUGCUCUCCAUCUCCCACGUCAACAGCCUGAAGCUGGAGUCGGCGUGCUCGGCCCCCGGGGAGCAGCCCAAGUUCCUGGGCAUCCGCGAGCAGAGGGUGACCGGCCUCAUGAUCUUCGUCCUCAUGGGGCUGUCUGUCUUCAUGACCUCGGCACUCAAGUUCAUUCCCAUGCCGGUGUUAUACGGUGUCUUUCUAUACAUGGGAGUCUCCUCACUGAAAGGCAUUCAGUUCUUUGACCGGAUCAAGCUGUUCGGCAUGCCGGCCAAGCACCAGCCGGACCUGAUCUACCUGCGCUACGUACCCCUGUGGAAGGUGCACAUCUUCACCCUCAUCCAGCUGUCCUGCCUGGUGCUGCUGUGGGUCAUCAAGGCCUCGGCCGCCGCCGUCGUCUUCCCCAUGAUGGUCCUGGCCCUGGUCUUCAUCCGCAAGCUGCUCGACUUCUGCUUCACCAAGAGGGAGCUGAGCUGGCUGGAUGACCUGAUGCCGGAGAGCAAGAAGAAGACGGAGGACGACGAGAAGAAGGAGAAGGAGGAAGCGGAGCGGAUGAUGGAGGACGACAAAGGGGAAGCGGAGAUGCCCUUCGACGGUGGCACAAACGCCGCCAUCAGCAGGCACCAACACAGCUCUGACCCCUCUGUACUAAGCUCAUCUGAUGAAAUGGUGGAAAUCACAUCUCAGAAACCCGUUACCACGAACGCUGAGGUUUCCACGGCACCAAAACAUGGAGCAAGCCAGGAGAAGGUAGCGUGCGUCCGGAUCAGCAUAGAGGACGAGUGGGGAGAGAACAACGUGGACGUGGAGACAUCGCUGUGAGAGUGUCAACCACAAGCACUUCCCCCCCUCCACCGAUGCCCU